AUGGUCACUCGAUCGCAGUCUGCCACGCUUCCGAUUAUCCCACUGCCAAAGGGCAGCGUCCUGCUGCCCGGCAUCAUACAGCGAGUCCCGGUCUCGUCCAGCAGACCCGACAUACCCGCCUUGCUCUCGACUGUUUACACACGUGCGGCGUCCCGGACAACAAAUGGCCGCAUCGAUACGGUCCCGAUAGCAUGUGUGCCGAUCGCAUCCCCGUUGCUCGGCCCCAACGGCCAAUUACUCAUCGACAAUGGCGACCAAACGCAUCCUACGGAUACUCUUGAUUCAGGGCGGCCGACAAAGAAGUCCGAUCUGUAUUCUUGCGGGGUUGCGGCGAAGAUCACCGGCAUCGAAGGCCGAGGAACCGGCGAGUUUGCAUUGCUUGUGGAGGGAGUUGCACGCAUAAAGAUCGAGAAGAUAUACCAGGCGCAACCUUAUUUUGAGGGCAAAGCUUCAUAUCACUAUGAUGAAGUUUCAAUGCAAGAUACAGAACUCGAGGAACUAUUCCAGACAUUAAAACAACUGUCUCGAGAGCUUGUUGGAAUUCUAAGACUUGCUGCUAUCUUGCCUAGAGCACCUGGCUCUACAGGAUUGUCGCCCUUGCUGGCACGGAGACUGGACUUUUUCAUUGUCAAGAAGAAACUAACAGAGGCCGGUCUCCUUGCCGACUUUAUGGCAAAUAUUGUCGAAUCAUCCUACGAGGAGAAGCUUCAGGUCCUCACUCUGUUUGAUGUCAAAGAACGGAUUACGAAAGUGAUCGAGCUGCUUGACCGGCAAAUUGGCAGCAUCAAGAACAGCGUAAAGAUCACUACCUUUACAACGACUUCAAUCCCAUUCACUAUCGAUCCUGACGAGAAGGACCAAGACCAGAUCAGGAGAAAGCCUCAGAUACCGGGUCGGAUGCCACCGAAUGCGUUCGGCUUGCCACUGGCACCUCCUCAGGGCAUGGGUGGUAGCAUGGGUGCAGGCAAUGACGAUGACCAAGAACCAAAUGAACUCGAAGAGCUCCAGAAGCGUUUGGAGGCUGCAAGGCUCAGCCCAGAAGCUGCAAAGAUCGCUGAGAGGGAACUCAAACGACUAAAGAAGAUGAUUCCCGCUCAAGCGGAGUACGGCGUCACCAGAAGCUAUCUUGAAACUCUUGCAGAGAUUCCCUGGACGGCUGUCACAGAGGAUCGCCUCGGCCCAGAUACCCUGAAUGUCGCAAGGAAACAGCUGGAUGAUGAUCACUACGGCCUGGACAAAGUCAAGAAGCGGCUUCUGGAAUAUCUAGCUGUUCUGAGGCUCAAACAGUCCAUCAAUGAAGAUGUUGACACACAAACUAAACAGCUAGAGCAAGAGUUAGCAGCGUUGGAGUCGGGCGAGCAAUCGAAGACUGAGGAGCCUUCAACUGAAACUAGCAACCAGGAGAGAAUGACACAACAGAGGAUCAAGUCGAGCACAGCCAAGCUUGAGGUGCUUAGGAGUAAGCGAAUGGUCGAUAAGUCGCCUAUUCUGCUUCUAAUUGGACCUCCGGGUGUUGGCAAGACCAGCCUAGCUAGGUCGGUUGCAACUGCUUUGGGCAGAAAGUUUCACCGAAUUUCGCUUGGAGGAGUCAGGGACGAAGCUGAAAUACGCGGGCAUCGUAGGACUUACGUUGCAGCGAUGCCAGGUCUCAUAGUACAGGGACUGCGGAAAGUCGGCGUUGCAAAUCCAGUUUUCCUGUUGGACGAGAUUGACAAGAUUGGCACGUCCAACUUCCACGGGGACCCCUCUGCAGCCAUGCUUGAGGUCCUGGAUCCUGAACAGAAUCAUACUUUCGUGGAUCACUACAUCAAUGUCCCAAUGGACUUAAGCAAGGUGCUCUUUAUUGCAACCGCCAACAGUCUCGAUACCAUCCCUGCUCCCCUGUUGGACCGCAUGGAGACCAUAUAUAUCCCUGGCUACACCACGCUGGAAAAGCGACACAUUGCCAUGCAGCACCUGAUUCCCAAGCAAAUACGUGUCAAUGGCCUGGAUGUGGACCACGUUACAUUUAAUCAGGAUGUUGUUUCCAAGAUAAUCGAGUCCUACACUCGAGAAGCAGGUGUUCGCAAUUUGGAACGAGAAAUCGGCUCCGUGUGUCGCGCGAAGGCUGUAGAAUUUGCCGACGCGAAAGACGGAGGUCAUCUCGACACUUACAAACCCCAGCUCACCGUCGAAGACAUCGAGCGUAUUCUGGGAAUUGAGAAAUUCGAGGAAGAAAUCGCCGAAAAGACCAGCCGCCCGGGUAUUGUGACCGGUUUGGUGGCGUACAGCUCAGGGGGCAACGGUGCUAUUUUGUUCAUCGAGGUAGCCGAUAUGCCAGGCAAUGGCAACGUACAGCUCACCGGAAAGCUUGGAUCUGUGCUUAAGGAGAGUGUCGAAGUCGCAUUGACCUGGGUCAAGGCUCACGCCUACGAGCUGGGCCUCUCACAGGAUCCAUCCCAGAAUAUCAUGAAGAACCGGAGCAUCCAUGUACACUGCCCAUCCGGAUCCAUCCCCAAGGAUGGCCCUAGUAGUGGAAUCGCGCAAGCGGUUGCCUUGAUCUCCUUGUUCUCUGGAAGGGCCGUACCACCGACGAUGGCCAUGACUGGGGAAAUCUCCCUGCGCGGCCGGAUCACAGCCGUCGGAGGUAUCAAGGAGAAACUGAUCGGAGCGCUCCGAGCUGGCGUCAAGACAGUACUACUACCGGCUCAGAACCGAAAGGAUGUCAAGGACCUACCCCAGGAGGUUAAGGAUGGCCUGGAGAUCAUCCAUGUCAGUCAUAUUUGGGAGGCGAUUCGCCAUAUAUGGCCCGACGCGCAUUGGCCCGGGCAGCAGGACUUCUCAGGCAUCGAGAGCCGCCUGUGA